AUGAUGGCUCAACUUUGGGUGAGGUUCUGCGACCUAGGGGUAAAUGAGGAUUCUUUACUGAUCAGUCUUGAGUACGAAAAGUUCCCUAACAAAUGCUCUGGUUGA